UGUCCAGCCAUUGCUAUGACGCAGAGAACCCGGAAGACGUGUGUUUGCUGUCAAUGCCAACGACAGAGAGGAGGCGCAGCUGAAACCCCGCAUUUAAGACAAGAUGGCAGGACUGCCCCGUAGGAUCCUUAAGGAAACUCAACGUUUGAUUGCAGAGCCUGUCCCAGGCAUCGAGGCAGAGCCAGACGAAGGCAACGCCCGCUACUUUCAUGUGAUCAUUUGUGGACCUCAGGACUCACCUUUUGAGGGGGGCACGUUUAAACUCGAGCUCUUUUUACCAGAGGAAUAUCCCAUGGCUGCUCCGAAAGUGCGCUUCAUGACCAAAAUAUAUCAUCCCAAUGUAGACAAGUUGGGGAGAAUAUGUCUAGACAUUUUGAAAGAUAAAUGGUCACCAGCCCUGCAGAUUCGCACAGUGCUGCUGUCAAUCCAGGCGUUACUAAGUGCACCCAACCCUGAUGAUCCCCUUGCAAAUGACGUUGCAGAGAAGUGGAAGUCCAAUGAAGUUGAAGCCAUAGAAACAGCCAGGUCAUGGACCAGGCUUUAUGCUGGAAGCAGAAAUGAAGUGUGAAGCAGCUCAACAAGUGGAAAUCAAGUGCGAUUCCUUAUGCUCUGCCAAGACAUCUUCCUACUUCAUUUACAUUUAAAGGACACCAUCUUGAAAAUAUAUAUAUAUAUAUAUAUAUAUUAUAUUAUAAAAUAAACAUGAAUAUAUAAUGGUAAAGGAAAAAAAACAACUGCUGACAAUUGGUGAUUUAAAUGCGCACUAGUAAUGAAAUGACUCGUCUUGUCCUUACUCACUGUUGAAAUGCAUGGGCAGAGGUUUUAGAUCUACUCACCUGGCUUUCUUUGUCCAUUGAUUUUGGGAAGCUUUUCCCAACUGCUGCUUUAAACGAGCACAUUUAAGGGGGAGGUGGGCGUGUCCUACGUCCCACAUUUUU